AUGCUUUCAGCUCAAACAGGUGUUCUGGAGCAAGUUGAUGGCUCGUGCAAGCUCAAAUGCGGUGAAACUACCGUUUUAUGCUCUGUCACGGGGCCCAUAGAGCCCAAGGCCCGACAAGAAUUGCCAGCGCAACUGGCAUUGGAAGUAAUCGUUCGACCUUGUCGAGGCGUUCCAACCACUAGAGAAAAGUUGAUAGAGGACCAAAUUCGUGGCGUUGUAACUCCCGUAUUGGCGAGAUACUUAUAUCCAAGACAGCUAGCUCAGGUGUGUUUCCAGAUUUUAGAAAGUGGAGAGCCUGAAGAAAGUUUCAGUGUUAAAGAGUUGAGUGCCUGUAUAAACGCUGUUUUCCUAGCCAUAGUGGAUGCAGGAAUCGGCCUGCAAUAUUCUUUCGCCAGCGUGGUUUUGUCCGCCGACAAGAGUGGUAAAAUUCACACAAACCCAGCACAAGCAGAUUUGACCAAAUCCCAAUCGACACAUAUCCUAGCAUUAUUACUCGGGGAAGGUGCCAAGAAAGUGGAAAAUGUGCUUUUAUUUGAAAGCUACGGCGAUUUCACAGAGGAUACUAUGCUUCAAGUACUGCAAUCUGGAGAAAAAAGCUGUGUCGAGACUGCCCAAGAGUUGCGCAAAGUUGUCUACCAUAAGGUUCAGCAAGAUUUUGUCUGGCGAUAG